AUGGAGAUUAAGAUUCAAUCCACAAGGUUCAUAAAACCAUCAAAGUCAACGCCAGAAAAUAGACGCUACUUCAAGCUAUCACUGCUUGAUCAACUUGCUCCAUCUGCAUACAUAAAUCUAAUCUUCUUCUACAAAGCCAGUGGUGGGGUCAAUAUUUCAGAUAGAGUUGGUCAACUGGUCAAGUCUUUGUCAGAGGUGCUGACUUCAUUCUACCCGCUAGCUGGAAGAAUCACAGAAGAUGGGUUAGCAGUUGAUUGUAGUGAUCAAGGUGUUGAAUAUUUUGAGACUCGAGUCAGUGCAAGACUGGAUGAGUUUCUGGCACAUGGUUCAAAGAUGGACCAUGUUCAUCGACUUGUAGCCACACCAGAUCAAGUUAGAAACACGUUGGUAAUCAUUCAGGUGAAUGUAUUUGAUUGUGGCUCACUUGUUAUAGGUGUGAGUGCUUCACACAAGGUUACUGAUGCAUGCAACCUGGUUAGGUUCAUCAAUGCAUGGGCUAGCACAAACCGCACAAGGCCCAGCAACGGCCCCUUUUCUCCUUCUUUUGAUAAUUUGGAUUCUCUCUUUCGGCCAAGGGAAAAUUUAUCAAAUGAACACUCACCAGUAUCAGUUGAACUAGAAAACAUAACAGUGACAAAAAGAUUUGUGUUUGACAGGACUGCGAUAAGAAAGCUAAGAUCAAAAACAGGUCUGGAAAAUAGUACUAAACACAGUCGAGUAACAUUGGUAGCUUCUUUAGUAUGGAAGGCUCUUAUCUUAAUUGACAAAGUUAAUUGUGGAAGAUUCAGGGACUGUUUGUUGGCUCCUGCAAUGAAUCUUAGAGGAAAGGUAGGUUCGCCGAUAUCAGAAAGCUCGUUUGGGAACGUAUGGGCUCCUUAUCCAAUCCGUUUGCUGCAAAAAGAAAUGGAACCCAAGUUUGUUGAUCUUGUUUCCAUGAUAGAAGAUACAACAAAAAGCAUUAUCGCUUGGCUUGCAACAGCAAGUGGUGAAGAGAUAUGCAAACAUGCAAUGGCUUCUUAUGCCAAAGUAAACGAAGAAUUGAAGCACAACAAGUUUUGCAUGUUUACAAGUUGGUGUCGGUUUCCUAUAUACGAGGCUGAUUUUGGUUGGGGUAAGCCUGACUGGGCAAGAGCCCUUGAAAGGUCGCUUGAGCUGGUAACAUUAAUGGAUGACAAACAUGGGGAUGCAAUUGAAGCAUGGGUGAGUUUGAAUGAGAAAGAUAUGUAUGUGUUUGAACAAGAUCGUGACAUCUUAGCCUUUACCACUUCGACCAUCUCAGAGGUGGCCUAG